GGACACUGAACUGUACACGUGUAUACGACUCUUGCGUCUCGAUCGCCACUCUAUUUACGACUCCGGCGCAACUUGCAAUGUUUGGACUGCUUCUUUAGUGAUAUUGUGAUACGUUUUAAAGACAAUUUUAGUUAAGAACUUUUAAGUGUUUGUGAAAUUGUGCAAGAUGCUUGUGGAGGAUACUCAGACAUCUCGUUUCAUGACGAAGAAUUACGCACACUGUCCGCUGAAGAAGCGGCCAGUGUUGGUGCGGGAGGAGCGACCGGCAACGCCGCCCACAACGCCGCCGCACCCCGCCCACCUUGCUACGCGCCUUUAUAAUGAUUAUCAUUAUGAUACUGAAAAUGAGGAGCCAGAAAAUCUAAGCACAAAACCUGAAGAUUUAUCUAAGACUGGCAACUACCCUAGUAAAGCUUCAUCACCCGUAGCAGCUACGGCCGUAAAAGUAGAACCGCGUGAAUGGUCUCAUCAUCAGCUAGAAUAUCUUGCGGCUUGUCGCGCCCGCCUCGAACCGGCACCGACAGAACUCGCCCGCCCUACACCUCAAUAUGCGUACAUACCAACACUGUACGCGCCUUAUCCUCUAGAAGAACUAUAUCCCGCCGCACCAGCUCUGUCGCCACCGACUCACGCGCAGCUAUACUCCCGUUACUCGCCCGCAUCACCACCGUCGUCUUGUUCGCCUCCGCCCUGCCCUGAAGAUUUACGCUCACCCGGCUCCGUGUCAUCAGACUCUGGCGUAUCUGUAUCAGCACCCAGACGUCCUCGCUAUCAGUGUCCUGAUUGUGCCAAAUCCUACUCGACUUACUCUGGACUCACGAAACAUCAGCAAUAUCAUUGUGCCGCAGCGGAAGGAAGUCUCGCAAGAAAAUCCUUCAGCUGCAAAUACUGUGCGAAAGUAUAUACUUCUCUGGGUGCACUGAAAAUGCACAUUCGCACUCAUACGUUGCCUUGCAAGUGUCAUUUAUGUGGGAAAGCUUUCUCACGACCGUGGUUACUGCAGGGACAUAUCCGGACACACACAGGGGAGAAGCCUUUCUCGUGUCAUCAUUGUCGUCGCGCUUUCGCAGACCGGUCGAACUUAAGGGCUCACCUACAAACACAUUCUGAUGUCAAGAAGUACUCGUGCUCAGGUUGUGGCAAGACCUUCUCGCGGAUGUCCCUCUUGAGUAAACAUUUGGAAGGUGGAUGUGGAACUCCCGGAAGUGGCCCCUACGAGUACAGGCCUGAGGCGCUCCCGCCGACACACGGCCACCAGUCGCUGCCACCGGCCGCUACAGUUCAUGCCUAUUGAAAAGACUGAGUUCCACAUGAUCCACGAUCUCGUAAUUUAGUUGUAGAUGUUAUACCUGCUAUCGCUCGCAGUUGUUAAAAUUAAGUCGUAAUUAUUUAAUUCUAAAUUAUUUUUGUAAAGUUUUUUGAAUUGUGUGUGCACUGUUAGAGAUUUCAGCGUUAGGUUUGUAGGGACCAAUGUACAUUAUGUGACAAUUAGAUUAUACGUUAGAUUAAGUGUAGAGUUAGUUCAAGUUGCGCAAUCCGCGACUUCACUAGUCAUAUGGCAUUUGCCGAGUGUCAUACACUUAUUAAAUCAUAUAUUUUGUAUCCUAAGCCAUGUACAAAGUGCCUUAAUUA